GCAAAGGAGCGCAAAAACAUAAAAAUAAAAACUAAAGUAUGAGGCCCAGCAACAACCACACCUCAUCAUCAUCAUCAUCAUCUGGCCAUGAUUCCAUCCUCCUUCCAUCCACAACCACCCCAUCUCCAUCUGCACCACGCCUGCGACCAUCUCUGCCAUCUCCCCAUCUCACAAUUGUAGUCCCAGACCAGCUCUUCCUCCUUACUCAGCUUGGUUCGUGGCCUGUACCCUCUCCUCAGCCAGGCAUGGUGGUUCACCUGUGAGGGUUUCUACUCUCUCUUCAUCCAACCUGUUUUCGCUGUGGAGCUCUUUUUUUUUUGUUUUGUGAAAAGCAAACUAGGGAAGCGGUAGAAACUCAUAACGCCUGAGAAUCACUUUUCUUGGGGGUGGGGGAAGCAAAUCGGACCGAAAGUGACGAGACACCCUCUUUUGUUGAACAUAGUCGUGAACGCGUCGCGAUGGCGGGAGUUCCGCCGUAUGGCAUGCACUCCCCCACACAGCAGCCUCGCUACCCAUCCUACUCUCCCUCAACGAGGGAUCGGCAGCCCUAUUCCGGCAAUGAUCCCUAUCAGCAUCCUCCCCGUACUCCGCCAAGCUUCGCGCCUCCAUCCUCCCUCUCCCGGAGUCCGCACUUCGCUCGUCCUCCAUCUCCGAUGAAUACGACCCUACCCCCGUUGAACGGGACAGUCGUCAACGCGGACGGCUCCCCGCCAUACCACGGCCAUUCCGGCUCAGCGACGUCAGGGUACACCCUGCCCAGGCCGUUUGGCGGAUCUCUGAUGUCGGCCACCUCUCAUUCGCCUCCGCCGUCCUACAGCCACGCGUCUGGCUCCCAUUCCCAUCCUUCAAACAUCCCCGAUUCAUUUUCACAGUCACCGAAGCGCGAAUCGGAGCCCUACGAUGUGAGGUCUGAUCGCACCGGCCCCGUAUCCCAGACUCCGGCGAGGCCCGCUUCUCCGAAGGAAUCGAAAUCCGCACGCUCAAACCCAAUGUCCUUCGCCAACAUCCUCUCCGGGCCAGCAGACGAACCGCCUCCCCGCAGGUCGUCACCACCGCCCCAAACGUAUAAAUCCAGCACUCUGCCUCCCAUCGCGCCUACGCCGAAAGUCGACAAGGAGCCGUUGUCCGAGCCGGAGAAGCGUCGCGGCAGCAGCCAUUACGAAACUGCUUACACCGAGAUGCCUCAUCGCCCGGCGAUGAACGGCUUCACGCCCGCAAAAUCACCCCUAGCUGCGAUGCCAUCUCCACUCUCAAAAUCGCGAAAGCUGGUUGACGAGGAAGAGAUCGAUAAAGUUUCUAGAGAAAAUAUCGCCAGGGCGCUGGAGCAAAUUGAUGCACUGGAUAAUAGCGACGUCGAGGCACCUGGUUUCGAACAGGAAUGGGAGCGAUACAUGGCGAAAAGUAGGAAACGGGCUCGAGAAUUAGAUGCUAUCGAAGGACGAAAGCGUAAGCGCCGCCGAACUGAAUUUCUGGGGAAACUUGCAAAAAUGUUUGAAAAGCAAGCACUUCAAGGGAUCGAGCGAUUCAACCGCAUCCACGAAGCUGAAGUGCAAAUGGAGGUGCAACAGAAAGAAAUACAAGAAGAGAAAGAGAGGAAGAAGGACAUGCAGAGGAAACGACGGCGCGAGAAUACUGUCCGCCAUGAGAUGGAGAAAUUGAACGCAGCGCAGAAGAAGGCCAAUAAGAUCGAGGAUGAGGCAGAGAAGCAGAAGCUGGCGAAGGAAAUUGCCAGGUCAAAGAAAAAGAUCAAAGAUACCACGCUUGCGCUGGAACGCGGUGAGGCCUCUCAGGAGAUCUCCGAAGUCAACCCCCUCGCUCCAAAUCUUGAAGGUGGCACCACAAGUUCAUUUCAUAUUCGCACAAAAUCCCCUCCUCCUCCAAAGAAAAGGGCCGCCAAGGGUACUUCUUCCAGACCCAGAAAGUCAAAGGAGAAGAAACAGGCUGAGAAGGACGCCGCAGAGGCGGCUUACGCUGCUAUGGAGAACGAAGACCUGAUUCCUCUGGCGCCAAAGGAAGAUCCCCGCAAGACAUCCUUGAAAAAGGAAUCGAAAGCUGCACGUUCCAAAGAACCCAGUCCCGUCCCUGCUACUCCAUACGACUCUAAGGGUUACAACCAGUUUUACGAACAGCUCUGGCGAGAUAUUGCCAGAAAGGAUAUCCCAAAAGUUUACCGGAUCAAGGUUGUAUCUCUCAGCACUCGCCAGGAGAACCUACGAAAGACCGCGCAACUGGCCGCUAAACAGGCUCGGAAAUGGCAGGAAAAGACAAACAGGAGCAUGAAGGACACUCAGGCGAGGGCGAAACGAACUAUGCGCGAGAUGAUGACCUUCUGGAGGCGAAACGAGCGCGAAGAACGUGAUAUGCGCCGCUUGGCCCAGCGACAAGAGCUCGAGUUGGCCAAGAAAGCGGAGGCGGAUCGCGAAGCGAACAGACAACGACGCAAGCUCAACUUCCUUAUCUCCCAGACCGAACUGUACUCUCACUUUAUUGGCCGAAAGAUCAAGACGGAUAAAGCGCAAGACAGUGGAGAUGCCACCACUACUGCUGCUAUCGAAGGAAACGGGGAAGGAAAGGUCCCUGAUAGUUUAGUCCCUCUCCCAGACGGUGGCGCGAAAGUCACCAGCUUCGAUGAUCUUGACUUUGACGCGGAAGACGAGACGGCUCUGAGGCAGGCCGCUAUGGCCAAUGCUCAAAGCGCUGUGCAGGAAGCCCAAGAUCGUGCCAGAGCUUUCAACGGCGAAGAAAAUAAGAUGGCCGAUUUCGAUGAGGGAGAGAUGAAUUUCCAGAAUCCUACCAGUCUCGGUGAUGUGGAAGUGUCCCAGCCAAAGAUGUUGACCUGCCAGCUGAAGGAGUAUCAGCUCAAGGGACUUAACUGGCUAGUCAAUCUUUACGAACAGGGCAUUAAUGGUAUCCUUGCCGAUGAAAUGGGUCUCGGGAAGACCGUGCAGUCAAUUUCAGUGAUGGCUUACCUCGCUGAAGUCCACGAUAUCUGGGGUCCAUUCCUCGUCGUUGCACCCUCUUCGACCUUGCACAAUUGGCAACAGGAAAUCGUAAAAUUCGUACCUGACCUGAAGGUGUUACCGUACUGGGGAUCAGCAAAGGAUCGGAAAGUUUUACGAAAGUUCUGGGAUCGCAGAAACAUCACAUACCGCAAGCAGUCGGAAUUCCAUGUCCUUGUGACGUCUUACCAAUUGGUCGUUGGCGAUGCUCAGUACUUCCAGAAGAUCAAAUGGCAAUAUAUGAUUCUGGACGAAGCCCAGGCCAUCAAGUCUUCUCAGAGCUCGCGAUGGAAGAGCCUUCUCGGAAUGCACUGCAGAAACAGACUUCUCCUCACUGGUACCCCGAUCCAGAACAACAUGCAGGAACUCUGGGCGUUACUUCACUUCAUCAUGCCGACCCUGUUUGAUUCUCACGACGAAUUCAGUGAAUGGUUCUCCAAGGAUAUUGAGAGCCAUGCCCAGAGUAACACGAAGCUCAAUGAGGAUCAACUUAAGCGGUUGCAUAUGAUUUUGAAGCCGUUCAUGCUUCGUCGUAUCAAGAAGCACGUGCAGAAGGAACUCGGUGAUAAGGUCGAAAAAGAUGUGUUCUGUGACCUUACCUAUCGCCAGCGGGCGUAUUAUACGAAUUUGCGAAACCGAGUUAGCAUCAUGGACCUCAUUGAGAAGGCCGCUAUUGGCGAUGACACGGAUAGCACCACUUUGAUGAACUUGGUGAUGCAGUUCAGGAAGGUAUGCAACCAUCCUGACCUGUUUGAGCGUGCUGAGACGACGUCCCCGUUCUCUGUGUGCUACUUCGCGGAAACUGCGUCCUUCGUCCGCGAGGGUCCGUUUGUUGAUGUUGGAUAUUCUACUCGUAACCUGGUUGAGUACGACCUGCCACGUCUGCUCUGUAGCCCGGAGGGUCGCUUGGAUGUUGCUGGGCCCGGGAAUAACAAGGCUGGUUUCGAAGGAAGGUAUCUUUCUCACUUGAUGAAUAUCUGGACUCCUGAAAAUAUCCGGGAGAGCAUGAGUCAUAACGACGCCUUCUCCUGGCUGCGCUUUGCGGACACGUCGGUUGGCGAGGCGUACGAAGUGUCGCACAAGGGUGUCUUCGAACGCGCGGUGAGAAGGCGCGAUUAUUCGAACCGUCUUUCGUUGUUGGAUGUCGCCUAUGAUGUCGAGGAUGGCGUCAAUAUCAAUUCGGUUCACGUCCACUCGCUUUUCAAUAUCGUUGAGCGUAACGACCGGCGAGCAUUGGCGGAUAUCACUGCCACUGGCUAUAUGCGUGAACUGCUCAAUGUUGCCAGCAAUGUCGCUGAAAGGGGCGGCAUUCGCACUAUCGAGCCCUGCGCUAAGCCUGGUGCUUCUGCACCCCCGAUUACAAUCUCCUGUUCGGGACAAGCUGCAAUUGCAGAGGCACGGGCAACUUUCUUCAAUACCGCUGUUCGCCAUGCGCUUUUCGCGGCUCCAACCAAGACUAUGGAGGAAGAGAUUCUAUCCAACAAGUUAGAUCCGGCGCCGUACUCUUUGCGCCCGUUGCUCCCGCAACCUGGCUCGAUGAAGGGACGGUACACGAAUAUCACUGUGCCGUCCAUGAGACGCUUCGUCACCGAUUCUGGAAAACUCGCCAAGUUGGACGAGCUCCUGCGUGAACUCAAGAAUGGAGGACACCGUGUACUGUUAUAUUUCCAGAUGACCCGCAUGAUUGACCUGAUGGAAGAGUACCUCACGUAUCGCAACUACAAGUAUUGCCGGCUUGAUGGGAGCACCAAGUUGGAGGAUCGUCGUGACACCGUCUCCGACUUCCAGCAGCGUCCGGAGAUCUUUGUAUUCCUGCUGUCGACGCGUGCCGGUGGUCUUGGUAUCAAUCUGACGGCGGCUGAUACCGUCAUCUUCUACGACUCCGAUUGGAAUCCGACGAUUGAUUCGCAGGCCAUGGAUCGAGCGCAUCGUCUGGGUCAGACGAAGCAAGUCACUGUCUACCGUCUCAUCACCCGAGGCACCAUCGAAGAACGCAUACGUAAACGGGCGUUGCAGAAGGAAGAAGUGCAGCGCGUCGUUAUCUCCGGUGGAGCCGCCGGCGGAGUGGACUUCAACGCUCGUAGCCGCGAGAACCGGACGAAGGACAUUGCUAUGUGGCUGGCGGACGAUGAGCAGGCCGAGAUACUGGAGCAGAAGGAGAAAGAGGCGCUUGAGAAAGGAGAAGAGCUUGGUACGAAGAAAGGGAGGAAGGCUGCGGGGAAGAGGAAGAGAGAUAUUACGUUGGAUGAUAUGUAUCAUGAAGGUAUGUACCUUUUUUUGGUUUUUGUCUACUUUUUUUAUGAGUAUGAUACGGAGCCAGUUGCUGACGACAGAUGUGCAGGGGAGGGACACUUUGAAGAUAAUAGCACCAAACCUUCUGGCGCGGCGACUCCCGUAUCCGGAGAUGUGUCUGGCGUACCGGGAGUCAAAGGUCGUCGCGGCCGCGGCGGUGGUGGUGUAGGCCGUUCGAAGAAAGCCAAGACGAUGAAAGAGAGACUGAGGCUGGUGGACGGCGAGGUCGAUUGA